UUACAGCCACCUCCCAGUAUGAUGUACCUAAGGCCGUUUGGAACGCGGGGUCGAUUUUCCACCGAGACUCGAACCACAAAGAGGCAGGAAAACAUGGCAAAUACCCCGACCCAUGGUCCAAGGGUCUCGCGGAUCCAUCCAGUACGAUCCGCGCCAAGCCAGACCACCAGGGUGUCCUUCAACUUCAACUCAUUAUGCGCAUUUCACACGCCGGCCUUCACUGGCGAGGCGGUUCGAAACUCAAUCGAGGUUUCUCUCGGAAGGCAACACCAACUUGCGAGGAUUGCAAAGCCUAGGCCAGGCUAGAAUGUUUUCCUGGCCAAUUGAUCGGCGCAAUUUGGCUGUACAUGCUUACGCGCCAGCUCGUCGGUUCAACAAAUUGGCGCGCGCAUCUACAAUAUCAAGCCUCGACUGGCUUGGCUGUCGAAUCGCAAUCGACGACGGAAGAGAGAAGACCACCAUUUGCUGUGGUUGGUACCAUCCUUCCCGGGUCUGGCUGUGGUCCGUCUGCCAAGGCCCGCGGCGUUGUACCUUGCGUGGGAGCUUGUUGAGGAUGACUUCAUCCACGGAUUUCCUGCACUCCGGCGCAUCUCCCUUUCCAUCCCAGCUUUCUGGCGCUUCGAAUAAAUUGCUGCUUUCUCCAUUUCCCCACCCUCGCAAUUGGAGUUUAGUGGCGCCACCGGCUUCGUCUAGCUUAAAGAGAUGCCCUAAAGCUGGCGCAUAGAGCCCUGCCAGCGUCCCGUUUCAGCGGGACAGUUU